AUGCUUCGUGUAAUCAAUGCAUUUCGUGAUAAUAAUCCAACUGCAUUAUGUGAACGACUUGAAAGAAGUGGUCAAUUGAAGAAAAGAUUUGCUCAACAACCGCAUAGAUCACAUUCAUUUGUUUUACUUCAACAUACACCAUCAACAAAUCUAUUAAAAAAUAAUCAUGAUGGCGUACAGUCUCAAUCACAACCAGCAGUUCAUUAUAAUUAUAACGAUGAUAGUGAUGAUGAUGAUCAUAAUGAUAAUGAUGGUGAUGUUGAUAAUGAUAAAAAUAAUCCACAAAAAAAUGAAGUUCUACACAAAACAAAACUUUGAAAAUGAACAAAUUAUACAUAUAUAUACAUAUUUACAUUAUUAUUGAAAGAGACUUUGUUCUAAUCACACCUACUUCCCUCCUUGAUCCAUAUAUAUACAUAUAUGCCCAACUCAAACAGAAAUAUUAGAUAAGUAGUUGUGAAGUAUUAUUAUUAUUAUUAUUAUUGCAAAUUCAUUACUGCCUUUCUAUAAAAGUUCACUCAUGAGUUAUUACUCUUAUAGUUAUGAUUAUUAUAAUUAUUAUUCCUACUAUCCCUAUUACUCCAUGUUUGAAGUUUUUUUUUCGUUUUGCCAUUGUGUAUUAUUUUUUACUCAACCCUUAUUCACACGCACAAAUACAUACACACAGAUAGAUAGACAAAUAGAUAGACGCAUGUAUCACAUACCAAGACCAGUAGUGUAUCAUUAGCUCAAACAACUUUUAAUUGUGAAAGAAAAGAAACAAAGAGUACCGUGUAUUCUGUGCAUUAUUAUUAUCACUAUUAUUUAUUGUUUCGUUAAAUUCACAUUCUUUUCAAAAUACUGAACUCUUUUCAUCUCUACAUAGAAAUACACAAACAUAUAUACAUAUAUAUAUAUAUGUAUACCAAAUACUCUAUUACAUAAUAAUGAUGAUGAUAAUAUUGGAUGAGGCUGUGUCAGUUUACUCCUCUUCUUCUUAUCCUAUUUUCUUGUUUAAAUAGUACACAUAAACUAUAUACACACACUUAUAUAUAUACAUAUAUAUAUAUCAUAGUUUUCUUCGAAAUCUUUCUCCACUGCCCGUCCACCCGUCCGCCGGGUCACCUCCUUCCACUAUCCCAAAGGAAAAUCCCUAUUACUAGACAAUCUCUCCUAAUGAAACAAUUAAUUCACUGUGAAGUAACAAUAACAAAACAACAAAGAAAUUUCACUAGCUACUGUGAAUGAAUACAGUAGUUUAUAAACGAGUAAACAAAAAAACACAACAACAACAACAAAAGGAAACUAGGUGAUAGAAACUAGAUAGAAUUGCAUAAUUUAUUGUAAUUUGUAUUCAUUACUUUCCCAACUCACCUAACCCCCUCCCCCAACUGGCUCCCACCGUGAAAACAAAACAUAAUUCCUAUGUGAUAUACAUAUACAUAUAUUAUCUCUUCUUUGAACACUUCAUAUCCUACUUAUACCUACUACUAAUAUUAUUGCUAGUAGUAGUAUUAGUAGUUGAGUUGGUUUUCCUAUUUUAAUCUUUGAAUAGUUCCAGUUAUAAUUAUCAAUGGUUUCUAUUACAAUUUCUGAUGAUGAUGAUAAUAAUGCUAAUAUAAUGACAAUAACAAUAAUGUUGAAUACAAUGUGAAACAUGUUGAUUAUGAUUAAAUUUUAGACAAAAGUAAAAAAUAAAGUCAUGACACUGAUGGCAAGAUCUCAUUCUUGUUUCUUUUUCUAAUGAGAUAAUAUCAACCUAAUAUAUGUAUGAGUGUGAAUGAUAGUUUCCCCCUCCCUCCUCCCCCAUUCUUCAUUUUCUACUGUAGCUCAAACAUUUAGUUAGAUGGAUAAUAUAUAAUAAUAAUAAUAAUUAUUAUUAUAAAAUAUGAAUGACACCCAUCUGCACACAGACAGACAUAUGCAUAUUUGUCAUUGAACUCUAUUCUCAACUUAACAUUUUACACACACACGCACUCCCUUCAUUUCUCUCAUUUUCUAACUUCCAUAUCCCAAAAAAUGAAACAGUAUAUGCUGGGUAAAGGACUGUUUCUCUAUUGUCCUGUAUCUUACCUACCGUCUUUUUAACGUACUCAUUUCUCUCAAUUCUUUAUUAAUAUUAUUAUUGUUAUUUCCAGAUGAACUAAAGAGUCACCUAUCUACCUACCUUAUUUUUUUCAUUUUCUUCAUAAACUACUUACUGUCUCUGUGUGUGUGUGAAGAUGCGAAAUUUCCUUCGAUUACCUUUAAUACUUCAUUGUUUGUUAUGGUUGGGUUUGUUUUCCUUCUUGUUCUUCUUUUCCUUCACAUUACUGACCAACUGUAUACACUAGGUUUACAAGUUCUCAUGUAUAAUUACGAGUAUAUAUAUAUAUA